AUGUGUCUUGACUAUAUUGAGGAUAUUAUGCAUUGUCUGAUUGAAUGUCAAUAUGCAUGCCAUGUCUGGAAUGAGUCUAGUCUUGUUAUUUCUUCUAUGCAUGGUGGAUCUUUUGUUGAAUGGUUUCAGAAUGCGAUGAUUGUGUUAACCAUGGAUGUUCUUGUUCAAGUUGUUGCAGUCCUGUACCAUAUAUGGAAUGCUCGAAACUCUGCGGUAUGGGAGGCUUAUAUGAAGAUGCCCAAGCAAGUGUGUUUGGCAGCCGAAGCAGCCCUCUUGGCGUGGAGGCAGUCAUGCCCAACAGCACUGUUUCGGCAGCAGCAACAACAUCCAGCGCCCUCUGGUUUGCAAUGCCACGUAGACGCAGCGUGGUCCCCAACGACUUGGGCUGCGGCAUUCGGUGCGGUCCUCCUCGACGAUCAAGGUGGCUUUGUGGCAGCUUUGAAUGGACGACUACCGUUGUGUGAGAAUGCUAUAACGGCAGAAGCACUGGCUUGUAAGGAGGCAUUAUCUUGGUUAAAGGACCGGCAGAUCACUUCGGUAACUCUUUCCAUGGAUUGUUCGGUGUUGAAGUCCUAUCUAUCCAAAGUAGAUUUGCAUCCAAGAUCGUAUGUUAGUAUUAUUGUUUGUGAGUGUCAGGCCAUCAUGGCUCAGUUUACUUCAUGUUAUUUACAGCUUGUUCCUAGACGUUUAAAUAUCGUUGCUCAUACUUUAGCAUCUAGGGUCACUGACCAGGAAAGUACUAUGUUAUGGGAUGGUGACCCCCCUGAUUUCAUUGUUGCGCAUAUUCAUUAA